AUGCACUCCGCUCUCGCUCACGCGGCCCGCCGGACGCCCUGCGCGGCCCGGACCGCGCCCGCCGCGGCCCGUGCGCGCGCUGCUCCCCGCCUGGUCAAGGCGCAAGCGUUCCAGAAAUUCUUCAAGCUCGGGGGGACCAACGCCAAGGAGGGUGGCAUCUACGGGGCGCAGACGCGCGACCAGUACGAGAACAUGGACGCGGAGCACUACUUCAACUACAUCGGGGCGCUGGCGGACGAGGGCACGUACGACCGCCUCGAGGCGUACCUCGCGGACACGCACCCCGUUGACGUCAUCCUCCUCCUCGCCGCCGAGAACGGCGACGACCCGAAGAUCGAGGAGGUGUUGGAGGCCGGCGCGGACGUGACGGCGAAGAACCCGGACGGGAAGACGGCGCUGGAGCUGGCGAUGGAGGCCAAGGAGAAGAAGGACGAGGUGAUCGCGAUGCUCAAGGAGGCCGAGGCGAAGGCGAAGAGCGCCUGA